AGUAAAGUUGCGUGACAGUAACCGAAGCUAUCGGCUGUUUUUGUUAUUGUGGUCGACAGAACCCGGUGAGACGUCCGUGACCCGCUGCUGGCCGCCGACAAACUGGAAUUUUAACUGACUUGACAAACAGAUAACUACUAUGGGUGCCGGUUCGAGCACCGACGCCGAAAGGGAGCCUCUUCUCGUCCCUUCUCACAUAGAGGCACACAGUCAGCCUGUACACAGCAGAGUGUACGGUAGAAGAUGGCUGGUUCUGACCCUGUUCUCUCUGCUGGGACUCAUGCAGGGGAUGGUGUGGAACUUCUGGGGUCCCAUCCAGAAUUCGGCGGUUCACGCGUUCGGCUUCACCAAGUCCGACAUCGCAGUUCUGGUGCUGUGGGGCCCGGUGGGUUUCGUCCCCUGGCUUCUGUUUAUGUGGUUAAUGGAUAAAAGAGGUUUGCGGGCGUCCCUCCUUCUCUCUGCAUUCUUCAUGCUGCUAGGUGCGAUUCUAAGGAGCAUCCCAUUGACAGACCAGCAGCUUAGACGAUGGUUGAUACAUGGAGGUCAGUUUCUGAAUGGUUUAGGCGGCCCAACCAUAAUGAGCGCUGGACCCUACCUCUCCACGACAUGGUUCGCCCCCGACCAGAGAGCCACGGCAACGGCCGUGGCCUCACUCUUCUCCUACCUGGGAGGCGCUGCUUCAUUUGUAGUGGGACCUCUGGUAGUUCCGCCCCCCAACGACACCUUGGCAGGAACCACGAUGGUGGCGACAUUUUCCAACAGUAACAUCCGAGACAGGAUCCAGCUGGUUUUGUAUGCAGAGUUAGCUGCAAUUGCUACGCUAUUUGCGGCAGUCCUGCUCUAUUUCCCAUCACGCCCACCGUUGCCUCCCAGCGUGGCUGCCGCAAGCCAGAGACUCAGUUACAGGAGCAGCAUCUGCAGACUUCUUAGUAACGUGCGGUUCCUGAUGAUAGCACUGGCCUACGCUGUCCCCACGGGAGUGAUUGCUGGCUGGUCGGGGGUCCUCGACAUGGUUCUUACACCAGCCAAAGUCAGCCAGGUGGAUGCAGGUUGGAUUGGUUUCUGGUCGACUGUUGGUGGAUGUGUGUUUGGUAUAGCAAUGGCCAGGUUUGCAGACUCUAUUCGGGGGAUGCUGAAGCUGAUCCUGGUGCUGAUGCUGGCAGGAGCCUCGCUGGCCUCCACCUGGUUCACAUUAACUUGUCUGAGCAGAGUCACUCACCUCCCCUCUACUGCAGCCAUCUUAUACACUUCCUGCAUCCUGGUGGGCAUUUUCAUUAACAGCAGUGUGCCAAUAUUCUUCGAGCUCUUCAUCGAGACGGUGUACCCGGUACCUGAAGGCAUCACCUGUGGAGUUGUCACUUUCCUUGGGAACCUGGUCACUGGCCUGCUCCUCUUCUUCCUUACCUUUUACUGUACAGAGCUGUCGUGGUUAAACUGGUGUCUCACCGGCUCCUGUCUCUUCAGCCUCGUCCUCAUCCUCUUCUUCAGGGAGUCUUACGACCGCCUCUACCUGGACGUCUUCGUCUCCGUGUGACACCUCCGAGGACAAAAAAGUGACAACUUAAUAAUAAAGGACUGAAUCGAUAUCUCUUGCACAACCACAAGGAGAAAAAGGGAGAAAAAAAGGAAAGGGCAAUGUGGCAAGCCCACACUCAUAAGAUGUAAGAUUUUUAAGAUGUAAAUAUUGGUGACGGAGAUGAUGGAUUAAUGUUUACUCGACUCAAUGCCAUAUGACUGUUUUACCACAUCAUUACCUGUUUUUAUUUGUUGGUCUAUGUUUGUAUGUAAACAAACUUUUGUGAACUGUUUGAUUCUCUUAACCAGGCACGGCAUGACAGACUGUUAAUAGUAGCUGUUUACAGAUUACAUAAUAUUUAAACUUGUUCUCAGUGUCGCCCCUGUGUGGCUGCUCAGUUUUAACUUUUUCAAGUAACUCGACCGAAAGCUCACAAGCUGGACGCCACCGCGACUCUGGAUCAGCGUCAAGCCUCCUUUAUAAUGUAGUAAUAGUGAUAAGAGGACAGCUUCAUCAGCCAAUCAGCAGGCCUGGCUGUGCUCAGUCUGAGGAGGCUAAACCCAACCUGUGAUACUGUAUGUUAGUGAGAGGAAGGUACUUCUAUUAUGUUUUAUGGCCAUCUUAAUAUGAAUGUGAUGCAAAAGAAAAGAUUCAUGUUUGGAUGCUGGGCUGAGACGUGGGCUUUUUUUCCACCAAUGAACCGAUCAUGUGGAAGUCAUCUGAACUGUUGCACCAUCACUUUUUAGAGGUUCUUUAGCAUGUUUAUAGAUAACUGUGUCAAAUUUGUUUUUAAUCUAACUCAGUCAUUUUUAAUGUUUGUUGUUUUUUUUACUGUUUUUUUUAAACUUUGUUAUUCUCAGCAGCCUGCCAGUAUUUAUUCGAAUUAUCUCAACACUAACACAGUUAACACCUACUUUCACUGAAACAGAAUACUUAUGACGAUUUCAACCACAGCUGAGGCAUGCUGAGGGAAAUGGUUUUUAACAGGCAUGAGGAUUACGAUCCAUUGUAAUUGCCAAGCUGCUCCUCCUCCAAAGCACCAGCAGGUGUCUCUGCGCCAACUGACAGUCGACCAUUGAAGGGAAAAAGAAAAGGAAGUUGCCAUUUUCCUGGAUUCCUUGACUGAUAAAACUGGAGCGGUGACAAAGAGAAAAAAAAGCAGCUCCACAUCUUGAGGGACAUAACCACAAAGAAACACAAAAAGCAGAUGAAAAACAUCUGUCACUUAAAGACAAUGCUUUUCUGUCUAACUUCUCUUUGUGUGUCUGUCUUGCACAGCAGCUAUAAGAAGUGUUCUCCUGUGUUUUCCUCUGCGGUUUGCAGGUCUCUGUAACGUGUUUCCUGGUGCUUGUUUUUUAUUUUUUACUCUUCUUGUACAGAAAAGGUUGUCUUUUACCUUUUUGACGUGUUGCCUUAAUUACCCUGUGCUGUGCGUCCAGCCUCCCUCUCUUCCACACUGUGACUAUUUUAUCUGUAUAUAUCGUUGAAGGUCAUGUUUGUCACACACUCUGUGGCUUCUUGGGCUUUGGGUUAUAAAUGUCCUUGUUCUUUGGAAACUGAAAAAGAACAAAUGUUUCCAGCACCUUAUUAAAAUAAAAAAAUUAAGAAUAACAUCUGUUGUUAAUAAGCUUGUAAAGGUCAUUAAAAUGUACCUCUGGCUAGCAGUU